ACCUCUCGCAUCAUUUGCACUUACGGAAUUAACGCCUAUAUGCGCAAUCCUGGGAGGUGUUUUAGCUCAAGAUAUUCUGAAUGUACUAUCCAAAAAGGGAGCACCUAUUAACAACUUAUUUGUUUUUGACGGACUUCAAGGUAAUGGAUAUAUUUAUCAUGUUGAGCAAG